AUGUCGUCGUACCCUCCCAUCCUCCUCCGGGCGGAGCAGAAGCCCCUGGAGCACCGAUCGUUCUCUCCGGCCGUCAUCGGCGCCCUGGUCAAGGCCGGCUGCUCGGUGUCGGUUGAGCGUUCGCCGACGGACCCCGAGUUCAAGCGCAUCUUCGAGGACGCCGAGUACGAGUCCGUCGGGGCCGAGCUGGUGCCGAGGGGUUCGUGGCCGACCGCCGCACCGGGGACCAUCAUCCUAGGCCUCAAGGAGAUACCGGAGGAGGACUUCCCGCUGACCAACGACCACAUCACCUUCGCGCACUGCUACAAGGGUCAGGGCGGGGCCGACAGGGUCCUCGGCCGGUUCCCCCGCGGCGGCUCGACGCUGUACGACCUCGAGUUCCUGGUCGACGAGGCCGGCCGCCGGGUCAGCGCCUUCGGCUACCACGCCGGCUUCACGGGCGCGGCGCUCGGCGUCAAGGCCUGGGCCUGGCAGCUCGCCCACCCGGCCGGCGAGAGGCUGCCGUCGGUCGCCUCCUUCACCGACGGCCGCGGGUACUACCUCAACGAGGAGGAGCUGGUGACACAGAUCCGCGACGACGUCGCCGCCGGCGAGAAGCUGGCCGGCCGCCGGCCCACGGCCAUGGUGCUGGGCGCGCUCGGGAGGUGCGGACGCGGCGCCUGCGACCUCUUCUCCCGCGUGGGCAUCGACACCAUUACCAAGUGGGACAUUGCCGAGACGAAGAACAGGCAGGGGCCGUACGAGGAGAUUGUUCAGCAUGACAUUUUCCUGAAUGCUAUCUACCUCUCCGACCCCAUCCCUCCCUUUAUCAACAACGACCUCCUCUCCCAGCCCGGACGCAAGCUGGCGGUGGUGACGGACGUGUCGUGCGACACGACCAACCCGCACAACCCGAUCCCCAUCUACUCCGUCAACACUACCUUUGAGGACCCCACGGUGGCCGUCGAGGUCAAGGACGACCAGAACAAGGACGCCACCCCCCUCACCGUCAUCAGCAUCGACCACCUCCCGUCCAUGCUACCCCGCGAGGCGUCCGAGUCCUUCUCCGACGGUCUCAAGGAGUCGCUCCUCCAGCUCAACGAGCGCAAGACGGCCAGGGUGUGGGCCGAUGCCGAGAAGCUGUUUAAGGAAAAGGUUGCUCUCCUGCCCGAGUCGUUGAGGACUAAGGAGGUUUAG